AUGGCGCAAUUAGAUCUUGAGCUUUGUUUCCGCGUAGCUUUUCUCGCUGUACUUCUUCCUCUGGCUUCAGCUUGUGAAUCAGAAGACAUUGGUUUGGCCUCUGGUGGUACAAUUCCAAGCAGCAGCUUCUCUGCCUCCUCGUAUUUUGACCAUAGGUAUAAACCCUCUUUUGGUCGAUUGAAUGGAACUAAUCGGGGUUGGGGACCCAAGACCAAGACCAAUCUUGCUGACUUUCUACAGAUUGACCUGCUGUAUGAGUACGUUAUUUGUGCUGUGGCUACCCAAGGAGCUAAUGGUAUAAGCGAGUGGACAACAAACUACAAGAUUCAGUUAUCAAUGGAUGGUAUCACUGCUGUCACCUACCAAGAAACCAAUGUUGACAAGGUCUUUCCCGGGAACUCAAACCGAAAUGGCAUCGUUAAAAACAGUCUUCAGGAGUUUUCAAGUGGAAAGUUUAUCCGCUUUCAACCAACAACAUACCACAGUUGGAAGGUUCUGAGAGUAGAAGUUUAUGGAGUACUUCUAACUAAAGUUCCCUCGCAACCUCCUACUGCCUUCAAUUUGACUGCGAGCUCUUCUACCAGCAUCACAGCUUCCUGGCAGUUACCACCAAUCUUUGCCAGGCAUGGAAGAAACAUUACAGGGUUUAAACUGUUUUACAGAGAGAAGUUCUUUGCAAGGUGUUUUUCCUUCUUGAAUAUUACCAGUGGAUCGACAUUCAGCAGACUUGUGACUGGACUCGAAAAGUACACAGAAUAUGAAUUUCAGGUCCUGGCAUAUACUUCCGAUGGUGAUGGACCGAAGAGCCCUGUUGAGGUGGAGAGAACACAGGGAGAUGGUUGUGUUCAGAAUGAUCUUGGAAUGGAGGGUAGAAACAUUCCAGAUAGUAGGAUAACUGCUUCUUCUUCCAGGACACCAGCCGAGAAUGGGCGACUAAACUAUGUAUUAGGAGCGCCAUGGUGUGCAGAAACAAAUGACACUAGCCCUUAUCUACAGAUUGAUCUACAGACACUUCAUAUAAUCUGUGCUGUGUCGACACAAGGGAAUUCUAAAGCAGAUCAGUGGGUGAAGAACUAUACACUACAAAUAUCCACGGAUGGGACAACUUGGACGGACUACAUGGAAGGUGGACAAGUCAAGUUUAUGAGGGGAAAUAAUGACAGGAACUCAGAAGUGAAGCAUGUUGUUUAUGGAGUAUUAACAAGAUAUCUGCGUUUCCUGCCACAAAUGCACCAGAGUGGGGUGUGUAUGAGAACAGAGGUGUUUGGAGUGGAACAAAAGCCAAGAUGUUCUAUGCAAGCCAUUGGUGUAGCCAGCACUGACAGCAUUCCAGACAGCAGCUUUUCAGCCCCGUCAGAAUUUAAUUCAGUAUAUGCAGCUAAAUAUGGUCGCCUAAAUGGUGCAAGGUCAUGGGCACCCAAUGGCAACAAUAAUGCUAAUGAUUACCUUCAAAUUGACCUGCUGUUUGAGUACGUCAUCUGUGCUGUAGCUACACAGGGAAAUCCAAGGGCUAGUGAGUGGACAACAAAGUACAAGUUACAGUUAGCACUUGAAGAUCCCAAGUUUGUCACCUAUCAGGAAAACAGUGCUGAGAAAGACUCUUCAGGGUCAGGAAUCAUCCUUACUAUCAACGGUGGAUCAACUUUCAAGAAAAAUGUCAGUGGUCUUCACAAGUACAAAGAAUAUGAAUUUAGAGUGUUGGCGUUUACCUCUGUUGGGGAUGGACCGUAUACCUCUGUGGUUGUGCAGAGAACAAAUGAAGAUGUUCCUUCACAGCCUCCUGGUGGCUUUACUCUAACUGCAACCUCUUCUACUAGUAUAACAGCAUCCUGGCAGUUACCACCAGAAGACUCCAGAAAUGGAGACAUUACAGGAUAUAAAUUGUUCUACAAAAAGAGAGGCAUUUCAGGGCCAGCAAGCAUGCAGCCCAUUAACGAUCAGGCAACUCGCACUCAAGAGGUCACUGGGCUUGGUAAAUUUACAGAAUAUGAAUUUCAAAUAUUGGCAUUCACUUUUGUUGGGGAUGGACCAAACAGUACAGCUAUUUUUAAGCAAACGAAGGAGGCUG